AUGUGUGUUGACUCCUCGACUACGUGUAAGAAGGCGGUGAAGGCUAAAGGGAAACCGAAAAAGAAGGCUGCUCCUAAGUCGAAGAGCUCCUCUGAUAAUACAAAACCUCAAGGGCAGGAGGCUGAGGCCAGGAUUGCUGCGUACAUGAAGGAACAGAAUCGACCAUACAGCGCUCAGAACGUCUUUGACAACCUUCAUGGCAUCGUGCCGAAGACUCAGGUGCAAAAUCUGAUGGAAAAAUUGUCAAAAGAGCCAGGCUCGGACGCAGAGCCACCUCUAGUCAUGAAGGAAUAUGGUGCUCAGAAGGUCUUCUUGUGCAACCAGAGACUAUUCGGUGACUGCUCGCCAGAAAGUGUUUUGGAAUUGAACCGCGAGGUAGCGGAGGUCGAGAAGAGACUUCCGACUGUGAGAGGGGCUCUCGGCAAAGUUACUGCGGAGAUAACUCAGCUUCGUGGUCAGGGCGAACUGGAGGGAAAAGUAGCCAAUAAUAGAAAGCGUGUCCGCGAGUUGGAGGAGAAAGUUGAGCACAUCCAGCGAAAGCGAAAAAAGGAAGGAGUGUCAGAUCUCGGCCAAAAGCUUGCUGAGGCACAGGCGAAGUCAGCUACCAUCCCAAGCACAAUUCAUGCUCUAUUGUUCUCUGAGGGAAUGAACUGUUGCUACCUCAGAUACGGGGACUUGCACAACACUCUUGCUAAACGCAGGAAGCUGUGCAUGUCUAUUGUAUCGAGGGUUGGUGAAAUGAUGAGUUUAUCGAAGGAAGAUGUCUUCAACGAGCUCGGCCUCGACCUCGAAUGA